AUGGUCACCUACUCGACUUACGACCCCAUGUACAUCAAAGAUCUCUCAACAGUCAACAUCCGCUGCAACAACAACGGCGCUCUCGGUACAGGCAUGACUGGCACCAUUGCCGCUGGUGCCAAGUUGAAGACACACUGGAAGCAAUGGACUCACAGGCCGACCUCUCUUCUUGUAUACAUGGCCAAAUGUCCGGGAUCUUGUGACGGCUUCGAUGGAGCUGGUAAAGUGUGGUUUAAGAUAUAUGAGCAAGGCCUCAUAUCCGGGACUGAAAACGACGGCAUAUGGGCAGGUGAUGCCAUCCUCGACACUCUCUAUGCCACAGUCACUAUCCCGGCUACACUUGCAGCAGGUGACUACUUGAUCCGCCAUGAGCUCAUCGCUGUACAUCAGGCGAACAACCCGCAAUUCUAUCCCGAGUGCGCCCAAUUCACCGUGACAGGAUCGGGUACAGCCUCUCCUCCCGCAUCAGCGCUCGUUUCUUUCCCGGGCGCCUACACUGGAACAGAGCCUGGCAUUGCUUUCAACAUUGACUCCCCUGAAGCCAAGCAAGCAACCACUUAUCCUGUCCCUGGCCCUGCUGUUUGGGAUGGAAGCGGUUCUGCGCCCGCGCCGUCUGCUGCACCCACCGCUGCACCCACAGCCACAGCCUCCCCCACUACCAUGAUGACCAGCGCAUCUGCUACGCCCACAGUACCGGCUGCGCCCAUAUGCGAAGUUGCGAAGUAUGGGCAGUGUGGCGGGAAAACCUAUAGUGGAUGUACAGGCUGUGCGAGUGGGUCGACGUGCAAAGCCAACGGCGAUUACUACAGUCAGUGUGUUUAG